AUGUCAACACAAAAACCCGUCCCCUCACGCUGGUCGCGCACAAACGUCCACCCGCCCGCACAGAUAGAAACACCCACCUCGGAAAUCGACAUCCACGCAAUCCUCGCGCACGCAGCACAGCACAACCUCAAAGUCAUCCCCGCAGCAGGCGGGCACGGGACCUUCGUGCCCAUCACAGAGAACACAACCUACGUCGACCUGAACCCCCACUUCAGCUCCGUCAGCCUAGACGAGGAAGCCGGCACGGUCACCAUCGGCGGCGGCACGACAGCAGGCACGGUGCUGCGCGCCCUCGCCGCGAGGGGAUGGCUCACGUGCGUGCCCAACUCCAACGCCGUCGGCAUGGCGGGCUUCUGCCUCGCCGGCGGCAGCUCCGCGCUCAACGGGCUGCGGGGGCUGGCGGUGGACAACCUGGUGCGGGUGCGCCUGAUCACGGCGGACGGCGGGGUCCUCACCCUGACACCGGGUAUGGACGGCGAGCGUGGGGAGCUGUUCAACGUGCUCUGCGGCGCUGGCUUCGGCUUCGGCGUCGUCACGGAGCUGACGCUGCGCGCGUGGCCGGUGAAGGAGUUACGCAUGGACGGGGACAAGGUCUGGACGCGGAAGCUCGUCUUCGCGCCUGCUGGGAUCGCGGCCGCGGCGGGGCUGUUUGCGCGGCUGCAGGAUCCGGGGCCGAGGCUGUCGGCCGUGCUGCUUUUCAUGCGGGCGCCGCCGUCGGCGCCUAGGCCGGGCUCGCCAGUGGUUGUCCUCAGCGUGAGCUUCUUGGGCCCUGCGGACGAGGCGGAGGUGGCUUCUGCAGCGACGUUUGAGACGGAGUCCACGGCGCAGGCUGUUGUGGCUGAGACGGGGACCACGGCGGUAGGCGAGAUGAAUGACAUGUCGGAGCCGCUGAAUCGUCAUGGUGACUGGAAGGAGAAUUAUGCGGCGUGGGUUGACUCGGUACCAGCGGCGUCUGUUGUCGAGGCGUUUGAGAGGUGGGUUAGGUUCGGCGACGAGACGCCUCAGGCGAAGAGUAGUUACUUCAUCAUAGCUGCGAAGAGCACAAAGGGCAUGCUUGAGCAUGACGCCGCCGAAGGGAAAUUCUUUCCACGGGCGAUCCGUGGGAGGAAGAUAUUCGUGCAGGCCGUGCCAUGGUGGACGGAGGAGGGCGUAGAGGAGCAGUCCAGGGACUGGGCGCAGAGGAUGUUGAGUAUUGUUCGCAAGCAGGGGCACUCUGGUAAAGAUAGUGACGGGAUCCUGGCCAGCGAUGAGGAGCAAAUGAGAGUCACUGGGUUCGCUGCAAAUUUGAGUAAGAGGUUGGAUUUGAGCACGGUGUGGCCAGAACAAAUGAGGGAGGACAUCAGGAGGCUGAAGGAGAAGUGGGAUCCCCAGGGCUUAUUCUGGAACCCUGUCGUGGACGGCGUAUGA